AUAAAAUAUCUUCAGUAGCGAACAGAAAACGCGCAUGGGACAUUACCGGCGACCAGACCAUUUGGUCUUUACGGGUUGCCGUAGUCAAAGCCACAAUCAUGGCCGCUGUCAUCUGACGCGAAACUUUUUGACGUGACAAACUUUUUUGAACUGAUGUCUUAACCGGCGUUGUGCUCCGACAUACGCACUUUACCACAGCAGGCAAGUCUAGCUAAAACGAAAUUAAACUUCACUUUUAAAUAUGUAGAAACCUUAUGCGUUUCACGAUGAUAGCUUAGAGUAGCUAAAGCUAGCUGCUUCCCACAGGUUAGCUAGCUAUGUAGCUAGGCGAUUCUGGUAUUUAAAUGACGUAGGGGCUAGGGCACCCGGCUGUAGCUCACCCGAAGUGCCUGUUUUUGGAUUUGGCUCGUUUAUUUUCCACAUUAAAAUGUUGCGCUUUUCGCGCUACUGCGUGAGCCACUGCCUUCACGCGGCGAUGACCCGGCUGGAUGAGGUCAACGGAGAGGUCAGCGUGUGGUCGUCUGUCCGGUGGCUGGGCUACCUGUCCGGUCUCAACCUGCUGGUCGCCCUGUUCCUGGGGCUCUACACCAGGUGGGAGAGAUCAUCGGAGUCCAUCCUGCUGGUCAUCUUCAUUUUGGCUCUGUUGGUGCUCGGGGUGGCAAGUGUGCUGCACUAUUAUUACAACCUGGAGAGGGUCAGUCGGGGAGUCCUUCACGUGUGUUACGGCUUCUUGUUGGGUCUGCUCUGCUUCGUCAGCAGUCGCGCCGUGGAGAGCGACGUAAAGGAGCAGGCGGUCAACUACAUGCUGCUGGUCUCCAUAGUCCUCAGAACUCUGUGGGCGCUGCUGGAGAGGAUGCUGGGAUGCGCCAAGUACCGAGCCGCCUUCCUGACCUCGGCAGAACGGCUGGAGCUGAGCGGGUUCGCCGCCGCCAGUUUUGUGCUGACCAUCGAUAAGGCCGUGAGCGUGCUGGUGCUGGUGGUGGCCCUCGCCACCGUCAUGGUGGCGCUCCGCAUGAAGGCGGUCCUGGCUAUCCUGAACCUGAUCAUUUUCGCUGUCAUCGCCGCCAUGCUGUUCGAGUCUCUGGACAUACCCAUCAACCGGUUCGCCCUCGCUUGCUUCUUCAGCCAGCUCAUCUGCGACCCUCUGAUGGAUGUCUACUUCAGUGGACUCUCGGUAACGGAGCGUUGGCAGCCGUUCCUGGUGUGGCGUGUUCUGUGGCGCCGCCUGUCCCUCCUGCCGCUGCUGGUGCUGGAGCUCACCUUCCUCGUCGUGUCGGCUCUGAAGAUCACCGACCUGCACCAGUGGUACUUCAGGAUCCCGGGCUUCGUGUUGCUUGCGCUGCUCUGGUCCACAUGUCACGUGGUGUUUCUAAUCACGGUGUGGGGCUUUCACACCAAGCUCAGCGAGUGCCAGAGGCUGUGCUUAUACCGGGGGUCAGAGGUCAACAGACUGGACAAGGUCAUGGCCUCGAAGGGCAUGAGGCACUUCUGCCUUAUCUCCAGACAACUGGUGACGUUCACGCUGUGGUCAACUGCUGCUGUUGCUGCGCUUUGUUGGCAGUCCUCUUCCAGCAUCUUUGUGAGCAUGUUUCUGCUUGUCCUGCCUCUGGAGUGUCUGUUCCAUGGGCUUUUUUUCGAACUUGGGAACAGCCUGGGAGGAACCUGUGUGGGCUACGCACUGGUCAUCCCCACCAACUACUGCAGCCCGGAUGGUCAGACCAUGCUGCUGCCUCCUGACGAGGUGCAGGAGGUGAACCGACGCUCUACAGGGCUAUUGAGCAAUGUGCAACGCUUCUUCGCCCAGCACCUGAUUGAGCCCUUCGGGUGUGACUAUUCCACCAGUGGGGUCACUCUGGAUGCUCUGCAGACAAAGAUCAAAUCGUUCUUUGAGCUUCGCACCGCGGACGGGCCUCGUCAUGACACCUACAUUAUCUUUUACAGCGGUCACACUCAUGGGACUGGAGAUUGGGCCCUGACAGGAGGAGACACGCUUUCUUUGGAUCAGAUCGUGGAUUGGUGGAGAGAGAAGAACGGCGCCUUCUGCUCACGCCUCAUUCUGGUCCUGGACUGUGAGAACUCACUACAGUGGGUGAAGCACAUUAGGAAGGUGGAGGGUCUGUAUGUGGCCGUGCAGGGAGCAGCGCUCGCUAGAGCAGCAGAUGUGGAGCUGCAGGAUCUACCGCAGCUUGGAGACUUCACCUCCCAGUGGGUGGAGUACAGCGUCAACAGCACCAUCCAGUGGUCGGCGAGGGGCAGAACAGUGUCUGCUGACUACGGCAUCUCCAGAAACUGGAGCGACUACACGCUGCACCUGCCGACAGGAUGUGAUGUCACCAAUCACUGGAGUAUGUACUACCCCUCGUUCAUUUACCCGGUGGUCCGUUUAGCGUUACGGUCAGAGCCGCAAUCUAACGGCACAAGUCUGCUAAAAUGGUUCAAGAGAAUCAAACUCAACUGGUUUCCACCAGCGAUACUGGACACUGGCCAGGGCUUCAAACUGGUCAGAUCUUAGAAAUAUGGACAGGGCCAUUUUUUUCUACCAUCCAUAUGUUUUGUAAGUCACCGAGUUUCGGCUCCUGAAAUCGGCAGCUAGUAGAUUGUAAACUCCCUGCUAGCCAGCGUCUUGUUACUGAAAAAGUAGUCACACAGUUACUGAUUGGGUUUUUUUAUUCCUGUUUUAUAUUGUUUGCUAAAUCUGUUUUAAUGUAGAAAUACCUGGAAAUGACGCUGAGCAUUUACACUAUUUUGCACAGUAUUGCAUUGUAUGUAAUGUAAACUUCGAUUCCUUCAUCCUACAGCCAUUCACUCAGUGCCUUGUACUGUAGAAUCCCCAAAGAUCGUGAAGACUGCUAAGCCAAUUGUUUUAACCGUAAACCAAAGGGACCGUGGUAGAUUCUUCAGAAAAACAUCUCAGGAGUGAAUUGUGAUGUUUCUACAAAAAAAGUUUUUAUAGUAAAAUGAUUCCUGAUACACUUUUAUGCUUCACUAUGCAUCUUACCUGCACAGCAUGAAAUAUAUUGCACUCCUUUGGUUCUAUAUUAAGUGCUAGGGAUGAUUUUUAAAUUCCUUUCAGCUGCUUCAGGGAGUCCAUUUGGUUUUAAAUUUAAUGGAGACAUGAAGUGCUGGCAGAAUCUUGCUUAUUUUAAACCCCAGAAAUUAUAUGCAUCGCAAGAUAAUGUCCAUUGUUCCUGGACUUUUUUUGCAGUUAACUGCUAUGCAACAUCAAUCUAAUCAGUUUGUGUUUAAAAAAGAAAUCAGGAGGAGAAAACACGCGAAAGAUCAAUGAAACUAUGCAAAAGCGGUAAAAGGGUUUUAUUAUGAAACAAUAUGAAGUUAAUGGACUGCCAGGCUAUUUUUAUAAAAAUAAAUGGUCUGCAUCUGGGCAACACUUUAAGGCUGUUAUUCCUGAAACCUUUGUAUAAAGAACCUUUUAUUACAGGGUUGAAUGUUUGUAACUAAAUGUGUUUCCCCUCCAAUAGUCCUGUGUAAUAACCACAAAUACAGCCUUAGAUGACUAUUUUUAGGCUCCCCGGCCACUUUAAGGUACACCCGUACAGACUGAACACCAUGGUCACCGUGCCUUAUGCUAAACUGCUGUAUCAGGUUUAGCUUUACUUUUGUGUAUAUUAAGCUAUAUCUAUCUAGACAAAUGUUAGUUUUUGCAUAUUUAAAUAAAUGCCAAAUUCAAUAAUAACUUGCGCAUAAACAACCCCGGCGAUUAAGAGCAAUGAAAAGCAUGAAUGGUGAAAGCAUGAAGAAGCUGUAAAGAUGGACGGCUCAAAAAUAAAGGAUUUAGCCAAAGUA